CGAGCGCGUCGGUGCUCCGCGCGCGCUGUAGGCGUUCCCCAGCUCGCGUAGAAAACUCGUUGACCUUCGCGCCUGCCGACGUUGCAGGAGUAUACGAAAGCGAGCAGCAGUCCGGCUGGAAAGUCUCCCCCGUCUUCCGCCGAUUUCGGUGGGACCCCGUCGCGCCCGAGAAUACUUGUCGUUAAGACACGCACGCUCGUUAAGUCCACUCCGUCUAACGGAGAGGACUUUGAUUUUUGCGCAAGUGUGCGCAGCACGUCGCGACUCGACGAUAUUUUUUACGUGAUUCAUACUUAUCGGUGCAAAAUUCGGAAGCGGAAACAUGGAGCUGAUCCAUCUUCAUAAAAAAGAUUGAACGUCUGUAACAUAUAUCAGAUGCUUCGCGUUCCUUUCUCCUUUAUCUAUGCGGGGGGUAUCGAAUACUCGUAGCAAGUGUAUCGACCUUUCGCCAGAUACUGCCGUAACGAACUCGGAUGCGAAACGUUCAUUUCUUCGAUCUCAAGGUUUCGAUCUAGGAAAACGGAGUGUCGCAGAUCCGACAGGACAGAGAGCACACGCCAUGCGUCAACCUUAAAUCUUGCGAGGGACGAGGAUCGGGAUCCGGGAUCUGUGCGUUGUGUGAGCAGCUAAAAUGUCGAAGAUGUUGCCAAAACUGAUGCUUCUGCUCUUGGCGGCAAUCCCGAUUGCAUUGUCCCAGAGCAACUAUGCGUCGCAGGGCAACAGCAUCGAGUAUCAGCCGGGACUGCCGCCGAGCACGGUCCUCGACGGCAAAGUCACCAAGCUGGACGACAUCUCGCCGAUUAUAUUUCUGAAUCGAACGAAAGCAUAUCUGAAUUGCGGCCAGGGUAGCAUGGAGGUCGAGCUCAAGUUUGAAGAACCGUUCUACGGGGUGGCCUAUGCCGACUUUGAUCGCAACAGCGCCUGCAUAUUCAAAGGACGAGGUGCGACGACCGCCAAAUUGGAACUACCUCUGAAAGGAUGCGGUACAAAGCAGGAUCCUCUACGCGUGUUCACCAAUAAUGUGGUUGUUCGUUUUCACCCCGGAUUAGAAAUGGACGGAGACGAAGUUAUCACUAUAGUGUGCAGAUAUCCUCCACCUGUGGCACCGGCGCCUCCUAAACCGCCAGCGAGCAUAAUGGCAACGCUGACGCCUGCGUCGGUGACCGAGCCGCCGCUGAAAGGCUUCCAGAUCCUGCUUAUUAUCUGCGCCAUCCUGUUCCUCUCGUUGCUCCUGCUUGGCCUCGGCUGCUCCUACAUGUGCCUGAAACGCCGAAACGUGCGCGUGGUCCACCGACAUCCGUUCGAAAGCGCCACCGGCUCCGAGAUAACGAAGCUGUCCGGCUCGUCCCUGAGUCACAUCACGAUGUUCGAGGGCCUGAAGAUACCACGCGCGCACGCCCUUCUUCACGCGGCCGUGUCCACUUCCGGUAGCGAGGCGAAUCUAGUGAUCGAUCAUUCGGACACAUUGCCGAGCGAUUACCCAAGCGAAAGCCACUCCGAGGUGGACGAGGAACGUUCGCUACCUGUAUCCUCCGCUGGAUCCUACGACAACAAGGCAUUCGUGGACCACCAUGAGGUUCAACGCCAAGUGGAAAUGCGCACCUCGAGCUCCCUGUAUUCGGAGACCGUGGCCGCCGAAGUGGAAACUUCCUCGAUGACAGCCGCGAACGCUUCGCGAGUCGUGGUGCCGCGACACCCCGUAGCCGUUCCCAUCGAGCCCAAGUUCGACGUGCAGAUGAGAGUGAAAAGAGCACCACCGCCGCCACCGAGCCCGUUGCCGUCGGAAUCCGAUGUUGCGAGCAUCGCCCUCGAGAGAAAUCUGACGACCAUUCUGGAAAGAGAGGAAAGCUCUCGCUCGCUGGAGAGCACACCCUACCGAAUGACGACCUUCUCCUACGUACCCGAGCUUCACGGACCACCGUCGUCCGUCUCGACCAUCUCUCGGCAGCAGACGCCGCCGGUUUACUCCAGGAUUCUACGCAAGCAAGCGGAGAGGGAGACCACCGUGAUCCAGGAGAAACACCCGUCGCCGACGAUCGAGCAACCGCUGCUGCAUCACGACAUCCGUCGGCCGCGAUCCCUGACCUCUCUGAAUACCGAGCUCACAGAGACCCGCUCGUUGACCGAGGUGACGGAUGCCUCGCACGCCAAAUAUCGGGUGGCGAGCAUUCUGGCGCCGACCCCGCCGCCGCCGCCGCCGAUCGCGCCUACCACGUCCUCUACCACGACUCACACCGCCGUUCAACAUCGCGAGCACCGUUUGUUGCGCGAAGAAAUGACCGAACCACUGGUCGAGCCGCAGGUAGUCGCGCCCCGCCGUCCGGAGAUCACGACUCACGAGGUGGACGACGUGUUCCUGCGUACCGUCACGGAGAAGAAGACGAUCGAAGACGUGGAGCGUCAUAGUCGCCAGAUCACCGAGUACCGCGCCAGGUCUCAACCGCCACCGGAUCUCAAAUGGGACGUCACCAUCAGGAACUAUCCGACGGAUAACGUGCCACCGCCUCCACCGGAAUGGGAGAACUUUUCCGAUGUUAGCUCGGCCUCCAACUUGACCAUCACGAACGAGCCGACGAAUCAUCUGGCGGACGACGAACCGGAUGUACACAUCGAGCCGACUUAUACUACGCGCGCGGAGAUUCCAUGCCGACCACCACCCGCGCGUCGUUCCCUCGACGAUGCCGACGCUGAUUGGUACACCAGGUUGGCGCGAGUGCUGGAGCCGCGUUAUGCCACCGAGUUGACGGACGAGGAGCGUAUCAAGUGGCGCGAGAUCAUCACAACGGAGAGCACGCUGCGGACCCUGCUGACCGAGGCAGUGGUCAAGGAGGAUUACGAGCUGAUACGCAAGGAUGCGAGAUACGUCAACUUGUUCCCGCCAGCGAAGUGGGACGUGAUUAUCCGGAUCCUGAGCCCACCGCCGACGCACACCGGUUCCACCUCGUCCUCCAGCCACGGUAAGAACCACGGCCAGAGGUACAAGAGGUCCAAAUCGUCGGAAUGGGACACCAGAUCCAGACGCUCCUCCCUUCCUACCCUGUACGAGUACGAGAGCGACGGGGGCAGCUCGGCGCGCACUUUAGGUACCCAGAGUCAUCAUCUUCAAACGUCGCAGUCCGUCACGACCGGCGGACAGAUCAUUGGCCGUCGUCGACCGGGCGGAUCUGUUCGUUCGCGGGGAGCCGGAGUUGGCAGCGAGGCCGAUCUGAGAUCGAUGUCCGAGAUAACCGUCCGUGAUUUCGCCCGGAUGGACAGAGACGAUCUGACCAGCUUGAGCUCCUUCGAAGGUGCGGACUCGUUGGUCAGAUCGCUCAGCCAGCCCAGCCUGGCCAGAUCGGGUUCGGAGUUCACCGAGCACUGGGGCAUGCCUUCCGGUAUUCUGCCGCCGUGGGCGUCCGAACACGCGGAGGACGGCGUCAGCUCCGUGGAAACGACACCGAGGGCGAUCAGGAGGGGCGACAGGCUGGAGGUCCUUGCCUCUUUCGACGAGCACAGGAGGGGCCCGGCCAUCACGAGAUCGAGUCGAUACAGCGAAAGGGAGCUGAGCGUACGCGUGACAGAAAGUCAAAGAGCCUCGGACUGGUUUAACGACAACAAUUCCGAGCCGGAGAUGCAGAUCUGAGCGGUUGCGAAACAGAUUACAGAUUCUCGGUUUUUACCUCGAAUCCUUUAGGUACGGAGAUGACAUUCCUGGACCUCGAAGGUCUGAGUAGAGUUAGUAGGGAUAAAAGUCGAUAAUAGGGGGCGACACCGUACCACUUGCACUUAACAAAAUCGAACCUCGAGAUCGUCCUUUUCUAAUUCUUUAAGCAGUGAAUCUCUUAAUGUGCAAUAAAACCGGUUAUCCAAACCGGUUGAUUUCAAUCGAGUCCAUUUCGAGCGCUAUAAAUUGCGCGAAAAUAUGAAUAACAUAAUGUCAACGGAUGCAGCAAUUAUGUUCCGAGAAAUCGAUACCUUUUUUUUUUUAACAAAUUCUCAUUAGAGAAUGAAAAUGUUUAUUUUGAGAUUCAGAUUUUACAAUUUUCAAAUAAUAUUCGAAUACGAGAAAUGUGUGCUAUUGUAAAAGUCAAGUUCAGGACGCCGCGAGGUGAAAAGAAAUUCGUUGAAGAGUCAGCAGAGUUUCCAUCUUAAUCCUUCGCAACUUCCGCGUUCUCUAUUCUACUGCGAGCCACAAUACGAUGGAUUAUGAUUUAUACGGGCAUCGCUCGUAUUUUUCUUAUACGGAUAACACCGUUUCGGUCGGUGUGUCUACGUGACUCGCGCAUUACGAGUGCAUGCCGCGUUCGUUUUGCUCUCAACUCGAAGCGUCCUAUACAAUGAUCGAUAUCUUGCCUAGAACGAGGCGCAAUGCACACAGGGAGCAGCAGCGGUGGCGACGAGAUAACGCUCCGCGAUCGUCGGUGUAAAAUGCAUUUUGUUUGUUAGCGGCUAGCCAUGCUGUUCUUUCUUUCUUUCUUCCGUUCUUAUACCGUCGGUUCUAUACCGCUGCCCUACUUCCUUCAUGGCUCACGGCCAUUCACUGCCGAUUUCGUCCUCGCGCCCGGGGACUCACGCUCAACCGCACAAAUGCAGAAUUGUCCCAAUUUCGGGAAUCCGUCUCCGUCUCACCGACGUCAAGAUCUCGUGUAUUACGAUAUCCCGAAACUUGGGGAAUUCGGCCGCCACUCUCUUCACACGUCACUCGUAACGCGAGAUCUGGAUUGUGCUUAGUUAUUCGACCUCGAUCUCGCGAGUGGGUCUGCAGAUUCUGGCGAGAGUACCAUAAAAUUAUGCACAGUUUGUAGAAAUUAAGCCAUUAAAGCCCAGCUUAGUUGUCACUUUUUUUUAUAUCGGUAGUUGUAUUUAAAAAAAAUAUAUAUGAGUGCAACUUUUAUUGUCGCACUUUUUGUAACCGUAGAACACAUUGUUGGGACUAUUUCAUUUAUACUUUUAAAUAUAUAUCGAGUUGAGAAGAUACCACUCGAGAAAGUUACGGGCUUCAAUGGGUUAAUCGGCAAACGUAUCAAUCCACAGGGGAAUAAUGCAAGAAAACAAAUUACUGGAUGGGAAAAAGCAAUAAAUAAUAUAGCGUAAUCAUGUACGAGAGGACAUGUCGUCUGCGCGACGCAGCCUGAUGUCCUCAGCUUCCUAACGUUCGAUAAAUCGGGAGAUCUCAUUCGGAGAUCGCAGGGAACAACACGUAGCUCUCAAGAUUAAAAAAACACUCCCGUUUUGCGGUACAACUGCGAUAAUAGUCUACUUAAGUAGGUAACGAAACACACGGUGCUGGGUUAUACGCUUCGUUAGCUAGAACUCUCUUUUCGAGAACAUUUACCUAAUCCUGUCCUCGCUCCUCUUCCCCCUCCCAUCCCUCAACUAUUCCUUCCGAUUUUAAUGUAUUUCGUCGGGAUGCCUGGACUCGACCGAGACACGUAUCGACCGGCGUGGUACGUUCGCGCGUAGAUAGGUAGAUAUUUGUAAUUACGUACUUUUAUAGCUAAUGUAUAUUCACACGUAAUUUUAAAACUAUGCGUAACUCUCUCUCUCUCUCUCUCUCUCUCUCUCUCUCUUUCUCCGUGCUAUCCUCCGUGCAGUCAUUAGAAGCUUAUGAAGUCCUCCGAAUGCCCGAGUUGCGAGACGGGAGUUUGGAGCUUGCAGAUUCUAUUAAUGUAUCACGGCGCGAUUAUAUAGUUCUCGCGAUCGUACGUAAAUCGCUUCGGAAUUUCCUCCAAUCGUCAUCUUCUCAAAACCGUUACCACCGAGCAACGAUGUUAUCCUUCGCUUUGAGCUCGCGUGUGCUUGUUUAAAAUUAUCAGAUCGCGAGCGAAGGCAAGUUGCGAAAUAAACGGCAAACUUCGAGCUUAUCUCUAGAGGAAUAUUUGCGCGAAUGUUUAAUGCAAUAAUAUGAAGUAUCGCAGUGUAACAGUACCUAUUCGUACAGUCUCUUAGGAUAUUCAAAGUUCUCGAUAGAAACUGCCUGCAUUAUUUUCAUACAAUCGUCGUAUACUGACGCGGUUAACUGUACGCCGUGUGUUAUAAUUCAUACGUUAUAGCGCGUUUAAUUGUAAUACAAAGUUAACAGCACUAGUGGCAAAACGAUUGGCACUAUUUUCUAUUCACGCGCGAUUCAAUGCGAUCGACGGUGCGAAUAAAAAGCUCGUUUUUUUCAUUGUUCGACAGGCCCGAUUUAAAUUAUUUGCGACGAAAUAAAUUUCAUCUCACAAGGAAUCAAUAUUAUAAUUACAUGAUAUUACAUUGAGCGCGUGAUAUUCUACGGAAUUUGUAGAGCGUGGCGCAUGGGAGGAAAAAAGUCACACCGUUGGUGCUUUCUUUACACAUGUAAUUGUAAAUCAAAAUCGAUAAUAAAGUUAUACAUAUUUUGAGCGUCGAGAAGAAUACCGAAGACCGAGACGUUAAGCGCGCGCAUCGAUGAAUAAAACAUAAGGCUUGCAUGAAAAGAAUAUUAAGCGCGGAUAAUAGGGUCAUAAAUCAUAUCGAGAAAUUAUAUCUAACGAGUGUUAUCAACGUCGAAGUUUUUAUCUCGACGCCGAGUUACAUCGAGUUUUCAGGAUGUCUUCUAACAAAAGAAUCGCUGUCGGGAGCAGGGUUCGGUGUCGAAGAAAGGAGGAAAAGGUGCCUGAGAUAAGAGAAAUUAAUGAAACGCUUGUAUUUAACUUACGGAAAUACGGUUAACGUGAAAUGGGAGUACUAAAGCGACGACGCGUCGAAAGCUUUUAUCAGGCGGAAUAAAGCGCUGCAUUGUUAGAAAUUAAUGUAACUGAUAACUAUUAGAUGCCUUAUCUACAUAUAUAUUUUUCUAUCGACUUUUGUAACGGAUGCGAAUUGCGUUUGGGUCGUCCGAUCGUUCGACAUAGAUUUGCCCUUGUAAUAUUUCAGUCGGCGGACUCGCGUGAGCGCGAGUGUGAAAUGAGUGCUGCCGGGAAUGGUGCAUAAUGAAAUGGGGGAUAAGAUUGAAGGAGAACAGAGAAAAUCGCCUGGCAGGGACAAAAAGAAUCCGACGAGAAACGAUACGUUCGUUGUCCGAUCGAUGAUAAGCGGUGGAUAUGUAAGUUGAAGCUAAACUCCUAAAUUAUAACUUCUAAUAAACGCUGACAGCCCACGAACCGCGUGUUUGAGUGCGUUGUAAAUCAUGUAACCCUCGUCGCUUCAUAUUACUCUGCAGAAGAUUAAUUUACACGGCUCGACGUGUUGUCGAAGUUAUAUGAUAAAAUAGCGCAAGUUCGAACGGCAAUCAGGCCCGCGCGCACAAAUGGACAAGUGUAAUAUGAUCUUUCGAGCGAGUUCGGAGAGCAUGGCUAUUAAUAAAAUUGAUUACUAAAAACAA